GAAUUAGUUAUAAUAAUGACAAGAAUGAUGUCACGUCGGAAUCAAAAUCUUCUGCUGGUGCUGACUGUUUGCUGGACUUACAUUCUUGCUCUGCCAACAGACAAUUCGAAGACGCCUCUUCGGGAUGAUUUUACUACAGACUACGCCAAGCGGAUUAUUCAACAGUCAAAAGUUGCGGAGAUGAAGGGGAUGUUGGACACAAGUAUCGCUCCAUGUGAUGACUUCUAUGGCUAUGCUUGUGGCAACUGGCACCGCCACAAUCCCGCUCAAUUCUUCCACAAUAUUAUGACGGACACAUUUCAGCUCAUAUCCAAGGGUUUUGAUCGACGUCUGCAUCGACUGCUGCAAUCCGGACAAAUGAAAUCACCCCUCGAGGAGAAGGUGCAAGUUUUCUAUCAAACCUGUGCGCAGGUGAAUAGUGACGAUGUCCAGUACAAGCAUGCAUUGCGUAAUGUCUAUCUGGAAUACGGUGAGCUACCAGUACUAGCUGGAGAACAAUGGAAUGCCUCCGAGUUUGACUUAUGGCGAACUAUUGCUCAGGUACAGCACAAGUACAGAAAGUCUAUCAUCUUGGACGUGAAAGUGAUGCGGGAUAUUAAGAACAACACUGUGAAUCAAUUUUAUUUGCUGCCGACGGAGAACAACAAGGUGGCUAACUCCAAAAUUCUCAAUAUAUUCGAGGAUGCCAGUUUGGCCGAAAAGCUGCAAAGAUACUUUGGAGUCAACACUCAGCUGGCCAAACAGACGGCAAAACAAAUUAAUCAAUUCGAGCGAGAUCGCAUAGCUGGAAUUUCAGCGUCAGAAGAUAGUUUUGAAGACAGCAUUACUCUUUUCACAGUCUCGGAAUUAGAUGAGAUGUACAGAUCCUUCUUGAACGUGACGGAGUUCCUUGGCAUAGUGCUGGGAGUUGACAAUGUGCCGGAUAAUAUUUAUGUGUACGGCAGUGACUAUUUGAGGAACACAAUGAAGCUACUCCAGGAGACACAAACUUCAACACUCGCCAACUAUGUGCUCUGGCAGAUCAUUGAGGAAUAUCUGAUUGACUCACCUCCUGAGGAGCUGAACAGAUGGUGCGCUGCAAAGGUGAGGAAGUAUUUUGCCAAGCUGGUCGAUCAUAUGAUAUAUGAGCGCUACCGCACUGCCGAGUCCGAGGAUGCGGUGCACAAUAUGUGGGGCGAAAUUCGCAACGUCUUCAGGCAGCAUCUGAGUGGAGAUAAGCUCGAUUGGAUAUCAAAUAAGACUAGACAGGGAGCCAUUGAGAAGUUGGAUCGCAUGCAGCUCCUCAUCAAUGCCUAUGACAAGGAGGACUUUGAGACGUACUACAGCAAUGUCAGCAUGGACCAGCACAACUAUGUCGCCAAUAUACAGCAAGUGCUGAUGGCACAGUCCGGCUGGAAAAUGGAUGUCACUGAUAUAACCGGAUACACGCCAGCCUACGACAUCAUGAGUAAUGUUAUCACCAUUCCGGUGGCUUUACUUCAACCGCAUUACCUCUGGGACUCGAAGUAUCCGCAGGCCUUGAAGUACGCCACACUGGGUUAUUUGCUGGCCCACGAGAUGAUUCAUGGUUUUGACAACGAUAACGAUGCCAGCUUGUGGGAUAUGCGUUCACACUAUGAGUUCGAGGAGCGACGCAAGUGCUUCAUGGCCCAAUACCAAAAAUACAAGUAUGGAGGAAUCAAUCUGCCCCUGACCGUUGACCAAACGGAGAACAUUGCAGACAAUGCGGGCAUCAAGCUAGCCUACAUCGCCUACCAACGUUGGUUGAACGAGCAGCCAAUGGAGAUUGUUCAGAAAGAGACUUUCUCUGGCCUGGAGUUGAAUAGUCGACAGUUAUUUUUCUUGGGCUUUGCCCAGCUCUGGUGUGAUGAUGUACAGUCGAUGUUCAAAUCAACCGUAGCUAUGACAGAUAAUCAUGCACCCAGUAUGUACCGGGUCAUUGGAUCCCUGUCCAAUUUCCAGGAAUUUUCCUGGGUCUUCAAUUGUUCACAGCAGGCGCCCAUGGAUCCAGAGUUCAAGUGCGCCAUUUACUAAGUUUAUAAAUAAAGAUCUAUUGAUU